UGUAACCAGAAUGGAGACAACACAGUACUCAGUUAUGAGUGCGUGCGUGUUUCCGAUGUCUCUCUAAGAGCUUUGCCGAAUUGUGUUUAACCUCUCCCCGCAGGACGGCUGCGUGCAGAAGACGCAAAACGCUGUGAUAUCCUGUCACACGCUGUAAUAAUGGAAGAAGACGAGCCGAGGGAAUGCGAAUCGGACGCGCACCCGUGCGCGGAGCAGAUAGAUUCUCUGUCAUUAAUAAUAAGCACCGAGGAGGAAGAAACGCAAAGGCAUAGUGACUCGGGACUCCAUUCGCCAGGGGAGGACGGCGUGACAAACGGUCAUGGCGUGCACGACAACAAUGAUGGCGAGGAGGACGACGCGGCCCCGCCCCUCCGCUCCCCGGGCACCAGCUACUGGAGUGUGACGGAGAGUCCCGGCUCGCCCUUCCUGCUGUCCCCGGCGCCCGGCCCGCCCCCGCCCCCCUCCCAGCGCAGACAGGCUCAGCCCCGCUCCGAACGUGCCUCCCGCCCCGGCCUGAGCCGCAUCCCGGGCCGGGACCACCGCCGGUACUACCACGAGUACUGGCGCAGCGAGUACCUGAUGGACUUCGACCCGCGGCGGCACGGCAUGGUGUGCAUGGUGUGCGGCAGCUCGCUGGCCACGCUCAAACUCAGCACCAUCAAGCGCCACAUCCGCCAGAAGCACCCUGACUCGCUGCUCUGGAGCGCCGCCGACAAGGAGGUGAUCCGCUCCGGCUGGGAGAGCCACCUGAGCCUGGAGAGCGGCCAGCGGCCCUACUGCACCGCCACCGCCGCUGCAGCUGCCGGCCCCGGCCAGGAGGGGGUGCUGGACUGCGCCCGACGCUCCACAGGGAAACCGGCCCCCCUGACCGUGAAGCGGCCGCCCCCUUUGGUCAGCAGCGGGGGCCGUGGUGGGGCGGGCUCCCCUUCCGCCCACACCCUGGAGCGCUACCUGAACGACUCGCUCCAUGCCUGGUUUCGGCAGGAGUUUCUGAUGGAGUACGAGGCCGGGCCGGGCCGGCUGGUGUGCAUGGUGUGCGGCAGCCAGCUGCCCUCCCUCCACCUGGACCACAUCAAGAGGCAUGUGCUGGACGUCCACCCAAACUCCCUGGUGUACAGUGCAGAGGAGAAACACUGUAUCCUGCAGACAUGGGCCAAGAGGAAAGAAUCCGACCCCCUGAGAAACGACGUUCCCAUCAAACCCGAACCUGACGGCGAGGAUGGGGGAGACGAGGGUGAUGGGGUCCUCUCUGAGGAGGCAGGGAAGAACAGGGACAGGACAGCAGAGGGGGGCGAAGCCCAGAAACGGGGGGGCCCCUGGAGCGGUCGUGGCGGCCUCCCACAGCGCUGGCGGCUGGACUACCUGGUGACCUACGCCCCCAGGGGUCAGGGCCUGUGCUGCAUGGUGUGCUCCGAGGCUCUCCCUGUCGCCAAGGUCGGCAGUUUCCGCCAGCACAUCCAGGAGCACCACCCCGAGACCGCCGCCCUGAGCCGGCGUGAGCGGCAGGCACUGGCGGACGCCUGGGACCGAGAGGCAGCGGCGCCCCCUGGAGGCGAAGCUUUGCAAGUGAAAGAAGAAGCUCCCCCAAACGCACCUGGCGCCCUGGCCACGGCGGCGAAGAAUGGCAAACCGGCGUCCCCGGUGAAAGCGUCCGAGCAGACCGGCGGCGGGCGGACAGAGGAGGGGGGCGGCAAGCAGGGCGCAGCCAGGGACGGGGUGGCGCGGCACGGGCACUACCCGGGCAAAGACCAGAGGCGCAACUACCAGGUGCGCUGGCGCAUGGAGUACCUGAUGGAUUAUGACUGCCGGCGGCACGGGCUGAUCUGCAUGGUGUGCGGCGCGGCGCUGGCCACGCUCAAGGUCAGCACCAUCAAGCGGCACAUCCAGCAGGUGCACCCCGACUCGCUGGUGUUCGGGCCCGCCCAGCGACAGCAGGCCCUGCUCAGCUACAACCAGACCGCCCUGCACUUCGUCCACUCCGAGGACUGCUUCUCCGCGCCGGAUCACGGCCACGGCGGCCUCUUCGUCGCUUAGGGGGCCUUC